AUGUCGGCGAUUAUAUCACAAAUAUGUUGUGACAUGUAUGUUAAAAUUGAAACGGAGAGAUUAACAUUCAUCAGGUUGAAUCAAACCAAACUCCGAUCUGAAGAGUAUAUUCACCUUCGAGAUGCGAUUAAUACUGAUGGAAAUGCACAGAAUGUCGGUCGGAUGACUAUUCUUCCAGCAACAUACAUCGGAAGCCCUCGGCAUAUGCACGAAUAUGCUCAAGAUGCCAUGUCGUAUGUUCGUCAUUAUGGUACAGCAGAUUUGUUCAUCACAUUUACAUGCAAUCCGCAAUGGAUAGAAAUCAAUCAGGAGUUAUUCUCUGGGCAAUCACCCAUUGAUCGUCAUGAUAUUACAGCCAGAGUCUUUAGACAAAAGUUGAAAUCUUUAAUGGAUUUCAUCGUAAAACAUAAUGUGUUUGGUGAGACACGCUGCUGGAUGUAUUCUGUGGAGUGGCAGAAACGAGGAUUGCCACAUGCACACAUUUUGAUUUGGUUGGUUGAAAAUAUAAGGCCAAAUGAAGUUGAUGCAGUGAUAUCAGCUGAAAUCCCUAAUGUACAAGUAGAUCCUGGAUUGCAUGAGGUGUUAUCAAAAAACAUGAUACAUGGUCCCUGUGGAACUCUUAAUCAAAAUUCACCGUGUAUGAUGGAUGGUAAAUGUUCAAAACGAUAUCCACGGACAUUAAUAUCAGAAACAAUUACUGGUAAUGACGGUUAUCCAUUGUAUCGUCGCAGAUCGACAGCAGACAAUGGAAAAUCAACAAUUGUCAAAUUAAAUCAACAAGAUAUUGAAAUAGAUAAUCGUUGGAUUGUUCCAUAUUCACCCAUUUUAUCAAAGACAUUCAAAGCACACAUCAACGUUGAAUCUUGCCAUUCAGUGAAAUCUAUUAAAUACAUUUGCAAAUAUGUAACCAAAGGGAGUGAUAUGGCUGUGAUUGGAAUUGGUGCAGAGAAUCCCAAUGAUGAAGUUACCCAAUACCAAAUGGGCCGCUAUCUUCCAAUUAUAAGAUAA